GGAUCAUGCUCUACUUCAUAAAUCACUCAAUGGUGUCGACGGGUUCAUCGAGUUUAAGGUCGCGGUACCUCUCCAUGGUAUAUAAUCCAUUUCUUUGCAGGAUUUUCUUGUUUGACCUUCAACAAGAGAAGGUGGUGUGACCACAGCUUAAGAGAUGAAUUUGGUGACAUUCUUAAUACUUUGUCUGACGAUAUUAGUUCAGCAAUCUAUUUGUCAGAAAGAAGCCUACAAAAAACAUCUGUGUGAACAUGCACACAUAAGAAAAUACAUUGUCGACAGGCACAAUGAGCUACGAGGACAGGUGAAACCCGCUCCGAACAACAUGCUGAAAAUGGAAUGGAAUGAUCAAGCAGCAAAAACUGCACUUAAUGUGGCGAACAAGUGUGAACAUGCUCACAGCAAAGCAGAUGAACGGCAGACAGACACUUUCUCUUGCGGAGAAAACUUAUACAUGUCCAACAGGCCGUACAACUGGACUAGAGUGAUCCAAAGCUGGUAUGAUGAAAAAAAAGACUUUGAACAUGGAGUUGGAGCCAAAUCCGAAGAUGCCAUAGUUGGCCAUUAUACUCAGCUUGUCUGGUAUAAAUCCUUUCAAUUAGGUUGUGCACUCUCCUAUUGCCCAAAGCAGAAUUUAGGUUACUUUUAUGUUUGCCAUUACUGCCCUGCGGGGAACAUGAAAAAUUCUCUUCAUGCUCCAUACGAAGCUGGAGAUACAUGUGGCAAAUGUAAACAUGCCUGUAACAAUGGUCUGUGCGAGAAUCCCUGCAUGUACGAUGAUGAUGUGGAAGGCUGUGCAGAGUACAUGGAGUUCUGUGAAUCUGAGGAGGAAGAUAUGGAUGAAGAAUUCAAGAUUAAGAAUAUCUGUCAGGAGACGUGCAACUGUGACGACGAGAUCAUUUAAUCCCCCUAAAGUCAGGCAGAUCAACUCAUGUAUCAUAUAUAAUAGAUAUUAGCAGACCAUACUUUACUAUAUUAGCAUACAGAUAGAACUGGAAAUAAAG